CGGCCGCUCCAGAGCCGCGCGGUGGCGGCUCCGACACGUGUUGUUGGCUUUGGAGGCCCGGAUCGCAGGUAUGUCGUGCGGUGCUUUCCCGGCGCGCGUUUCUUGCCGUCCAUUUGGAAGUUAGGCUGGUGGCUGCACUGUGGAGUGGCGGCGUCUGCAAGACUCUACCUCUACCUCCACGUGAAAGACGGGACCUUCACCCGGCUCUUCAAGGCGCUUGCACUUGCGCUUGCCCUUCUCUUUAGGGCCCCUGUUGUGCCACGAUGCAGCAGGCUUUAGAACGAGCUCUGGACCGUGCGGAGUAUGUCAUUGCCAGUGCCCAGCAGAGGCCUCCUAAAAGGAAAGGCUCAGCGAGUGGGGGCGCAUCUCUGGAUGAAAAACUUUAUGACCUGUAUGUGGAAGAAUGCGGGAAAGAGCCUGAGGCUGCGGAGGAAUUAAGAAGCAACGUGAACUUGUUGGAGAAGCUCCUGAGGAGAGAGUCGUUGCCGUGCUUAGUGGUCAACCUAUACCCAGGAAAGGAGGGCUAUUCGCUGAUGCUCGAGGGCGAAAAUGGAUCCUAUUCGGAGACCAUUCGACUGCCUUACGAGGAAGGGGAGUUGCUCGAAUACUUGGAUGCUGAACAAUUACCUCCUGCUCUGGUGGAUCUCCUGGAAAAAUCUCAGGUUAACUUUUUUCACUCUGGGUGUGUCAUAGCCCAGGUACGGGACUACCGGCAGUGCAGUCGGGAACCUCCCGGCUACGCGAGCAGGCAUGUUCUCCUGCGGCCAACGAUGCAGACGUUAGCCUGCGACGUGCAGUCCAUGACCAGCGAUGACCAGACCUGGACCCAGGAAGACAGGCUUUUGCUGGAGAGCCAGCUGAUCUUAGCCACGGCCGAACCGCUGUGUCUUGAUCCUUCUGUAUCCGUAGCCUGCACUGCAAACAGGCUGCUCUAUAACAAGCAAAAGAUGAACACUGGCCCCAUGAAAAGGAGCUUCAAGAGGUAUUCUGCACCCUCCCUGAACCGGCAGCAGGAGCUGUCUCAUCGUCCACCUCCUCCUGAGCUGAGAGUAUGGGCCUCUUGCAAGAAAAGCAGAGAAAGGCAAGCAGGUCCGCAGCACGACCUCAAAAUUUCUAAAGCGGGGAACUGCGUCGAUAUGUGGAAACAGAGACCCUGUGACUUGGCCGUACCUUCCGGAGUGGACGUGCAGAAAUACGCCAGGGGGAAGAAGUCCGCCAGAUACGACGGCUCGCCACCGACGGCCUGGCCAGCCCACAAGGUAGAAGGUGAUUCCGUAUUGGGCUAUGAAGCUGGCGGUGAGUCUCAGACAGCGCAGCUGACUUCCGUGCAGCCGCCGAAUGACCCACCUUUGUCUGGAAGAAGAAGGCCCUGCAAAGAAGCCAGACGUGAGGGACAGGGGUCUCCUCCGCACUCCUCCACAGACGACCAUCCAGACAGUGUCCGGCCUGGCUCAAAGACGGAUGCUGGGACGGAAGCCAUUCGGUCAGCUGUCUUGGUCCAGAGCAAGGCCAAGUGUCCCGCCACCGCGUCACACGGCUCCAGUGGCCCAGCCAGCCUCAGCCAGCCGCCUCCCGGGAAAGAAACAGCACAGCCUGAGACGGUGUCGGUUUGGUCUUCAGUCCUGGGGAAGGGAGUCAGCCAUCCACCUCUACGCUUCAGACUUUCCUGGGGCUCAGGAGGGACUCGGUCAGGCAACAGUUUCACCCCAGUGGAGGCAAGCGGCUUCUUUAAAUCUCCAGCUCCUGCUCCUGCUCCCGCUCCUGCUCCUCAGCCCCCGAGUCUUUCCCAGAAUUCGUCUGUGGACGUGAAUCGAGUGAGCAUGUUUCCCGCAGCCGCCCUGUCCAGCAGCAGCUCGCCACAAGGAACCCUGGCCCCCCCGGUCACGGCCAACUCCCAGCAGUCCUCUGCGGGAGCGACUCGAGGUGGCACACUUCCUGCGGCCACACUGUCCACCGCCGGCUCAUCACAGACAACCCUGGCCCCCCCGGUCACGGCCAACUCCCAGCAAUCCCCUGUGAGAGUGAUUCGAGUUAGCAUGCUUCCUGCAGCCACACUGUCCACCGCCGGCUCAUCACAGACAACCCUGGCCCCCCCGGUCACGGCCAGCUCCCAGAAGCCCUCUGCGAAACAGGUGACUCGAGGUAGCGUGCUUCCCGCGGCCACGCUACCCACUACCGGCUCAUCACAGACAACCCUGGCCCCCCCGGUCACGGCCAGCUCCCAGAAGCCCUCUGCGAAACAGGUGACUCGAGGUAGCGUGCUUCCCGCGGCCACGCUACCCACUACCGGCUCAUCACAGACAACCCUGGCCCCCCCGGUCACGGCCAGCUCCCAGAAGCCCUCUGCGAAACAGGUGACUCGAGGUAGCGUGCUUCCCGCGGCCACGCUACCCACUACCGGCUCAUCACAGACAACCCUGGCCCCCCCGGUCACGGCCAGCUCCCGGAAACCCUCUGCGAAGCAGGUGACUCAACUUAGCAUGCUUCCCGUGGCCACCCUACCCACUACCGGCUCAUCACAAAGAAGCCUGGCCACCCAGGUCACGGCCCGCUCCCCUGGCCCCAACAUCAUCCAGCUGGCGGGCCCGGUCUGUGGAGCCCAGGCUUUGGCGAGGGGUUCCAGCCCCGGGCAGGGCUCUACCGCUGGGGCCACAGAUCCUGCGGGAAUCCAGCCCGGCAGCCUGCCCUCGGGAGCUCGGCCACCAAAUGCAGUGCGCACUGCAGCACAGGCUGCGUCUCCAGUCCGCGUUCAGUUUUUUUUAAAAAAUGCUUCAGGCCUCAAGCCCGUGACUCUGCUGGAGCUUCCGCAAGGUUCGCCCCCUUUGAACGCCCAGCAGCGGCCAGAGCAGCGGCUCUAUCAGUUGAUUCCACAAGAACAACUUCGGCAAGCCUCCGCUUCUGGUCCUUGGCAGCCAGUGCCACGGGGUCCCGGUGCCCGAGGCCCAGCCCCUCCAGAGACGGCCUCACCUGUUCAGCAGGCCGUUGUCCUGAACCUCCUGGGACAGGGCCGGGGCCGGGGCCGGGGCUGGGGACGGGGACAGGGACGGGGACAGGGACAGGGGAGUUUGCUGCAGCCCCAGGCAGCUGUGUUUUCUCUGCUUGGCUGUGCUGCAGAGAACCAGGGAAGAGCCCGGCCGAGCGGCCCUUGGCACACGCUGCAGCUGUCCCCUGCCUCGCAGCCGUGGCCACAGCAGCAGGCGCAACAGCAUAGAAUCUUGCAGCACCCGGUGGCCGUGACAACCGUAGCCACCCAGACGGCUCAGCCUUCUUGGGGCCAGCGGGCCGCAAGCCAGUCCGAAGUGAUCGAAGUGCCCAGUUCAGUAGUGCUCAGUACAUUCACACUGCUGCGCAGCGCGUCUCUAGAAUUGCUUUCGUCCUGCAGAAGCGACGCUCUUGUCCCGGUCAAGCACCAGCUCCCCAUUUCCCUGUCCCCCAGCCCAGGCAUGCACGGUAUCAUUUUCUGUGUCCGCGAGUGUGACUGCUUUAGAGCCUUUGGAUAA